GACAAGCACUCCUGCAAAUGGCUCGACGUGCAUUUUAGGUGCUAGUUAGUUUGCAAUGCGUGAUUUCUCUAGCCGGAAUCAUUCCUGUUCAUCUAACUUCUGAAAAUUGUGCCACCUUGUCCACUCUAGUGAGCAAGACAUCAAAUCUAUAAGUAUGGAAUAUCUAACUCGCCAUCCAACUGAAGAUGCAGCUGUGGCAUCUUAGUCUUGCCGCCUGCGCGCUGUUUGGCUCUGCCAGAGCCGCUUCAACUCUAGUGGUCCCCAAUAAAAUUGCUGUUGGACCCAGCAUUGCUCAAUUUGUCUCGGGGUCAUCCGCUCUUGAUGGGCCAAAGCUGACCAACGAGGUGAAUGCCACCUCCUUUGACUGGUGGUAUUUCGAUGCCGUAUCGUCGGACAGCGAGGCUGCUGUUGUCAUAGUGUUCUAUCUAUCUACUAGCCUCGGCUUUCCAUUCGUCCCGUCCGGAUCCGUGCUCUCUGUCGACAUAUUCGCAACCUUCCCGAACGGAACUCUGAUUUUCGAUCCUUUAGCUGAUCCCCUUAUUGGUGGGUCGGCAACCAUUACAACGAAUGGCGACGGCGCAUCUGGUACCUGGGGUGGAACUGGAUUCUCGUUUGAAGGAGCGCCCGACCUGUCUAGUUACACUGUCACUGUUGACAACCCUGUCCUUGGCAUUAAGGGUACCCUGCAGUUGAACUCUGUUGCCCCAGCCCAUUAUCCAUGCUCACCAAAAGUGGCUGGCGCAAAUUUAGAAGUGUCCCCGCACAUCGGCUGGGCAAAUGCUAUGCCUGAUGCGAAUGCCAUUGCAGAUUUCACCAUCCUUGGUGAAAAACUUCAGUUCAACGGUGUGGGCUACCAUGACAAGAACUGGGGUGAUGAAGGCUUUACCACGACUGUGGCAAGCUGGUAUUGGGGCCAUGGGCGCCUAGGACCUUACUCUAUUGUAUGGUUUGACGUCUUAGGCAAUGACGGAAUUGAGUAUGUAAGCGCGUACGUUGCACUCAACGGAGCCAUUAUCAAAACUUCUUGCUCUGGCAUCAAGGUUCGCCCAACAGGCAGAAAUAGCCAGUACCCACCCCUUUCUACGUCCGGAGCCCCAGAAGGUUAUCAAAUGACUAUUGACCUUGGCGGAGAUUAUGGAACACUCGUGGUUAAUAUUACUACCACCACCACGCUCGCUCCAGCCACUAUCUACCAACGCUGGGCAGGUGAUAUGACGGGUGGGGUAACAGGUGGUCCGACCUAUACCGGACCUGCGCUGUAUGAACAGUUCGCCUUCAAUUCGUAAAGUGUUAGGUCUGUAAGUGUCUUCUCCAUGGGCAACGAAUCAUCGGCCCAUAGAUCUCAGUUACUCUGUACCUAUUCAAGCACAGGAUAUAAAAAUGAAU